AAGAAGACGAUGAUGAUGAAGAAGAAGUAGUUUCAAGUAGUAGUAGUAGUAUUAACAAUAAUAGAGAUGCAAGAAGUAUCAGAAAAAGCACUAAAGAUGAUACUAAUAAAAAUUACAAUAAAUCUUAG